GUAGAUCCAGCAAAGAAGACAUGGGUAGUUCUACAGGAAAAGUUUCUGUGUCAGAGGCUGCAAAAGAGAUGGUUGAAAAUGCCUUGCUUAGGAAGCCUGGAGGAGAGGAUAUUCUUGAAGAGUACAAGUCAGAAAAUUCACUGAGCCACCGCACCCGGAGACAGCUUGUCAACAUACUGGCAAGUGAUAUGACCGAGAGACAUGGGAUUCCCAGCCGUCAGCAGAGGGAGAAGUAUGCCCUGGGAAUUAUUACGCUCUUUCCUUCACUGAAGGAUCCCUUUUCUCCAAAAGGCUAUGAGCAUUUCUACGAUGGGGAGAAAUGCAGUGGAUAUUUAGCGUGGAGCCUCAAGACCAUGUCUAGGACUACAGUUAAACGGCCAGCCAAGGAAGCCUCAGUGCCUCAAGAACAAGGGCCAAAGCGCAGAAGAUCAGCAAGCACACUGCCUCAGCAGCUUGAUGGAGAUGCCUGCAGGGAGGCUAUUUCAUUUCUUGUUCACACUCCUGAUGAAGCAAGUGUACUUCAGAAGAUGAAGAUGACGUUCCAACAUCGCCAAGACUUAGUGCAUGACCCACAAAGAACUGCAGAUGUCUUCAAAACAUUUCCACGCUUUUUGGAUGUCAAAGGACUAAUAAAUCAGGACUUCUUGCUGCUCUUUGGUGUUGAAACAAGCUCCAAGUUGCUUGAGAAGUGGGACACCUCAUUGAAGCCCAAGGUCAUCAAAGAGGCCAAACACCUGACUCCGUCAACUGUUGUGUGUCGCCUGCUAAAAGCUGCUGAGAAACUCGCAGAGAAUGAAGAAAAUGACUGGGACAGUGACAUGGCCUCUCUGCUGCUGCUUCUUCAUCUUCUGCCACCCACAGCUGGACGGAAGAGGAGGAUCAAGAUAAGUCCAAGUGAUGCAGAGCACAAAAUGGUGCACUUUCACAAGUCAGGCUGCAGCAUUGAUGAGCACCUGCAAGGAUUAGAGGGAAAACAACCAUACAUCCUCGCUGUUGGUCGAGUCCAGAACAGGAUUGACACCUUCUACAUCGCAGUCGACAAGCAGCUCAUCCCCUGCCAAGCCACAUGCUCAUUGAGUGCUUUCGAUGAACUUUUCAAAUCCCACUACGUGUUCAACCUGUCUUAUGAUGAGUCCCUGGUUCAUCUCUACACUUUUGUGCAGACCACUAUAUUCAACAUUGAUGUAACCUCCACAGAUGAGUCACCGCGUGUUCGUGAGUUACGUGCCAAAAUCUUGAAUGAGAAUUGACCAUGUUUAAAUGUUUCAUCUGUCAAUCUUUGCAUUUCACCAGUCAGGCUUUGAUAGGUCAUUUGUGAC